CAGCUUUGACCUCAGCUUUGGGUCUCCAUGCAGACCCACAUAGAUAAUAAGAUAUUAGCUGUUAGAUUAUCGAGAGGUCACCAUGAAACUGUUUCUUUUUUUGCUUCUCCUGGAAAUACACGGCACUGUGGGACUGACUCGCUCUCUGAGAUAUUUCUACACUUCUUCCUCUGGAGUCUCAAACUUUCCAGAGUUUGUAGCUGUUGGUUUGGUUGAUGAUGUUCAGAUGAUUCACUAUGACAGCAACACAGAGAAAGCAGAGUUUAAGCAGCAGUGGAUGGAGAAAGCUGCAGAAGAUGAUCCAGAGUAUUUGUCCCGCCAGACUAACAGGCUCAUGAACACCCAGCAGGUCUUUAAAGGCAACAUCGACACUUUGAAGCAGCGAUUCAACCAAACUGGGGGUGUUCACAUUAACCAGAUGAUGUACGGCUGUGACUGGAACGAUGAAACGGCUGAAGUUAACGGCUAUCAUUACUAUGGCUAUGAUGGAGAAGACUUCCUAUCAUUUGACCUGAGGACAGAGACAUGGAUCGCUAUAGUAAUGCAGGCUGUAAUCACCAAACACAAGUGGGACAGUGACAGAUCUCUUUCAGGUGAUCUGAAGAACUAUCACACCAAGCUUUGUCCUGAGUGGCUGAAGAAGUACGUGAACUAUGGGAGGAGCACUCUGAUGAGGACAGAGCUUCCAUCAGUCUCUCUCCUCCAGAAGUCUUCCUCCUCUCCAGUCACCUGCCACGCUACAGGUUUCUAUCCUGACAGAGCCAAGAUGGUCUGGAGGAAAGAUGGAGUGGAGCUUCAUGAGGGUGUGAGCAAAGGAGAGAUCCUCACCAACAAUGAUGGGACCUUCCAGAUGAGUGUUGAUCUGGAUCUUUCAUCAGUCAUACAUGAGGACUGGAGGAGGUACGACUGUAUGUUUCAGCUCUCUGGUGUGAACGAGGAAAUCGUCACCAAACUGGACAAAGCAGCGAUCAGGACCAAUGAGGGUUCUUCAGUCUUCCCUGCUGGUGUUGUUGUCCGGAUUAUGGGCAUCCUGCUCCUCCUGACUGUCUGCUUCUCUGCAGUCUUUAUCUGGAGGAGAAAAUAUAAAGAGCUGCACUGACAUGCAGCUUUAGAAAGAAAUUUAUCGCUCAACCAUUUCAGCUUCGCAUGAAGUCAGCCUCUCCCAGCUGAAUGACUCAAAGGUACAUCCAGGACGAGAUGCCAGUCUAUCUGAGAAAGAGAGAGACAACCACACAAACUCACACAUGCAGGGAAAAAUUAGAAUUAAAAUGAUUAAUUAAUUUAUGGUAAUUAAAUUAUUUUAGAAUAAACAUUUAACCUACAAAAGGGUCUUUCUGUGUGGAGCUUAUAUGUUCUCCCCGUGUUUGCGUGGGUUCUCCCCGGGUACUCCGG